CGCUCGCGCACGCGCAGUUAGUAGUCGCUGCUGGGCGGCUGCCGGCAGGAUCGCUCUGGGGAGACGCCGGGCACCGAGUAGCGGCCAAUCGGACACCUGAGCUGCCGCUACUGGACACAAGCCCGCAGGACAGGUGUGUAGACCGCGGGUCGCCUUCCUACGGCUUGUUUUCUGGGGACCGGGUGAGAAAUCGGAUCCAGGUGCCCGGCAGCAUCCUCUUCUGAGACUGGAAAGCUCAGCUUGGUGCAGCCAGAGAGUCGAUAUGCGUUUCCAGGGUGUUGGACUAUGCUUGGGUCUACUGUUCAUCACGGUCAAUGCGGACUUUAUGGAUGAUGGUGUUGAGGUGGAAGACUUCAGUGAAAAUUCAGAUGAGAGUAAUAUUAAAGAUGAACCUUCCUCGGGGACUUUUAAGUAUAAGACACCUCAACCUAUAGGAGAAGUAUAUUUUACAGAAACAUUUGAUAGUGGAAAUCUGGCUGGGUGGGUCUUAUCAAAAGCAAAGAAGGAUGAUGUGGAUUCAGAAAUUGCUAUAUAUGAUGGAAGAUGGGAAAUAGAAGAACUGAAGGAAAACCAGGUGCCUGGCGACAGAGGGCUGGUUCUGAAGUCUAAAGCCAAGCACCACGCAAUAGCCGCUGUCCUCGAAAAACCCUUUAUUUUUGCCGAUAAACCUUUGAUAGUUCAAUAUGAAGUAAAUUUUCAAGAUGGUAUUGAUUGUGGAGGUGCAUACAUUAAACUGCUAGCAGACACUGGUGAUUUGAUUCUGGAAAACUUUUAUGAUAAAACAUCCUACACCAUCAUGUUUGGACCAGAUAAAUGUGGAGAAGAUUAUAAACUUCAUUUAAUCUUCCGACACAAACAUCCGAAAACUGGAGUUUUUGAAGAAAAGCAUGCCAAGCCUCCAGAUGUGGAUCUGAAAGAGUUCUUUACAGACAGGAAGACUCACCUCUAUACCCUCGUGAUGAAUCCGGAUGAUACAUUUGAAAUAUUAAUUGAUCAGAAAGUUGUGAACCAAGGGACCUUGCUAGAUGAUGUGGUCCCGCCUAUCAACCCACCCAGAGAAAUUGACGACCCCAGUGAUAAAAAGCCAGAGGAGUGGGAUGACAGAGCCAAGAUCCCCGACCCUACCGCCGUCAAGCCAGAGGACUGGUGUAGAUUGGGCAUCUGGAGUCCUCAGAAGAUUCCCAACCCAGAUUACUUUGAAGAUGACCACCCAUUCCUCCUGACUUCUUUCAGUGCACUGGGCUUAGAGCUUUGGUCCAUGACUCCUGACAUCUACUUUGAUAAUUUUAUCAUCUGUUCAGAAAAGGAGGUGGCCAAUCAGUGGGCUACAGAUGGCUGGGAACUGAAGAUAAUGGUGGCAAAUGCUAACGAGCCUGGUGUACUCCGACAGCUGGUGACAGCCGCAGAGGAGCGCCCCUGGCUCUGGCUCAUGUACCUGGUGAUAGCUGGCUUGCCCAUUGCAUUAGUUACUUCCUUUUGGUGGCCAAGGAAAGCAAAGAAAAAAUAUGAAGACACGGGGCCUAAAAAAACUGAAUUAUGCAAACUGCAAAGCAAGGCCGCUCUGGAACAAGAGGCAGAAGAGGAGAAGGCCCCAGAGAAGCCAGAAGAUGUGCAAGAAGAAAAGAAGCCCAGUGAAGCUGAAGUCGUCAUCGUGGCAAAGGAAGUAAUUGGUGAACCGGAAGAGAAGAAUGAGGAAGACAGAGAAACUAUAGAAGGUCCAGAGGAAGUGAGCAAGUUGAGUAAAUCUGGAUCAGAGGAUGAGAUGAAGGACGCUGAUGAGAGCACAGGAUCUGGAGACGCCCCACUGAAGUCAUUACGGAAGAGGAGGGUACGGAAGGACUGAAGCGUCAAGUAUCGAAAAUCCCGGAGAGAGAGAUCUGGCAUCUAGAGUCAGGGUGUCCAGAAGGACAGUGACUCUGUGCAUCUGCACAAACUCUUUCUAAGUAUCUAGCAAUGUUACUCUUUCAGACACUUCUUUCUAUCUUUCUUUUGGGGGGUGGGGGGAAGUAACUUUGAAGUUAACUGGUCUUUGAAUUUAGAAUAAAAGAAAAGUGGCACAUUACAUGAGAGCCAAGAGAUUCGUCUCCUUAGAAGUUACAGCUUAACAGUUGGAAGGAAGGUCGUUUUGGUUUUAUGGAGAAAAAAUAAUGUGCUUUUUGUUCUCCUGGUAUUGGAAACCUGCUCCUGGGCUCUCCUCUGCGGGCAGAAGCAGGUUAGUUCUAUCCUGAGCUGUAGGUUGGCUCUGUUGUACAGGCUGAAGGUGAUAGAGUCCGUGAAUGAUCGUUCGAUGCUGUCAGCACUAUAAAGAGUGUGUGAGUGAGCCACACUUCCCUGGCUUGAGUUACACUUUUCUUAAGUCAGUCCACUUAGCUUAGAGACUCCCUGAAGAGGUGCUGUGUUGGCAGGCGUGUCAACUGAGCGACUGUUUAAGAGUCACUCACUCCAUCACCGGGAAAUACACAAGCAUAGUUUACAAGAUAAUAGGCUUGUCAAAACCAAAUAAUGUACACUUUUUUUUUUCAAGCUCUUGUAGCCACUUCAUGCCCAGUGGCUUACCUCAUUCACCAAAUUGGGUGUGCACUCACUGCUCUUAGAAAUGAAAUUUAAAUAUUUUCCCAUCUAAAUUAUAUCCUUCAUAUGGCUCAUUACUGGAGAGGUUUCUUUUAUUGGUGUGGGAUUCUAACGGUUGUAUCCAAUUCUGCAACUAUGUCUUUUUACCAUGCUUUCCUGCUGACAAGGUCACCCUCAGAGCUGCAUCUGAAGUGGGAGCCCAAACUACCUUAUCAGCAGUAUUGCUGUAUUUAAAAUACUUUAUUGACAAACUUUCUACACUUAAGAACCAGGUGUCAACCCUUUGAAAGGCCAUUCAAGUCCACCUGAAGACCAGAGGAUGACUUUAGUGCUGAGUCCCUGUGGAACUUGUUGUGAGUUGGAGUUUGUUUUGUAGAGAUGCACACCCCACCUUCUGACUCCCUCCCAUAGGAACAUUCAGAACUCACACACUGAAAACAAACCCUAGCUUCACCUCCUUAAAGGGGGCUGAGCUGAGCCAAUGGCGUUGUUUGCAUCUUCCAGAUUGGCAUAAGAAGGGGAGGGAGUGCUUGCCCUGUGGCCAUGCACUGACGUUGAUAGACUCCUGGUGAACUUGUAACACAGCUAACCAUAACUAGAAUGUACUUAGCAAUAAUAGGGCUUAACAUAGCUUUCAAGGGCUCCUUUUUUUCCCCUUUGAAUUAGUCACUUGAAAUAAUUAUAAAUAAAAAUAUAUCUCAAAAUAAACAACUAUGCUUCAGAUAUUUAUACCUUGGUAUAAAUCAGGCUUGACCUGGGACUUGUGUUAAAGCUGUUUUAACUCUUGGCUGCAGAUUGACUCUGCAUGGACAUUUGACUAAAUGUCAGGAGCUUGCAGUGGUAAUGUCUGAGCAACCGAGUUUUAUUUUUAUAGUUUGUCAAUACAAGGGUUUACUCUGUAGCUCAAGCUGACUUGGACCUCCUAGACCGCCCAGGCUGCACUCAGAUCGAUGCAAUCCUCCUCUCUCACCCUCAGUCCUGGGGCAGCAGGCGAGGAGCCAUGCAAACAUCACUACAAACUCCCGGCUGUGGAUGUGCUGUGGCUGACAGGGCACUAAACUAAAACCCUGUGGGGGACACAUGACAUCUAUGCAACUGAAAAGAGUUUUAAUAGCCAAGUGGCUUUUUUCUUUAUUCUAGUCUGAUUUUAUUUUUUAUAAUUACUUGAAUUUAUCAUUUUCCCUAAUAAAAGAUAA